UCUCCCUCCUCCUCCCUCUGGGUUUGCUCCCCUGUCCCCGCCCCUUCCCAUUCAAUUCUCGGGCCUGCCUGUCUCUGGCCGACGGACUGACCAUGUCUGGUGGCUCCGUCGAGAAGCAGAGCGGACCUGCGGGGCCCCGCUUCCUCUCGCCCCCGGCCGUGCCCCCGAAAAAUAGCUCGAGCUCGGAUACUUCAGUCGGGGAGAAGCUGGGGGCGGCUGGGGCUGAGCCCGGCGCCGGCAGGACCGAGGAGUACCGGCGGCGCCGCCACACCAUGGACAAGGACAGCCGAGGGUCGGCCGCGACCACCACCACCACGGAGCACCGCUUCUUCCGGCGGAGCGUGAUCUGCGACUCUAACGCCACGGCCUUGGAGCUGCCCGGCCUUCCCCUGCCCUUGCCCCAGCCCGGGCCCGUCGCAGCUGCCACCGCCGCCCCCCCGCCGACUCUCGCCCCAGAGCCCCACCGGGAGGAGCCCUUGACUGCCCCGGCCGUAUCCCCGGCAGCCCCCCAGCCUCCAGCUCCCCCGGCUCCCGCGGACCAUCCCAAUGGCGGCCCUGCCUCCGCCGCCGGCCGCGACCCCGCCGUCAAGCACGCCCCGACCCCCGCCGCCUCCAACCAUGUGGGUAGCAAAGAGGAGCCCGCGGCAGCGACAAGCGGCAGCGGCGGCGCCGGCGCCCGGGAACAGGAGGAGCGCAGCCAGCAGCAGGACGACAACGAGGAGCUGGAGACCAAGGCUGUGGGCAUGUCCAACGACGGCCGCUUUCUCAAGUUCGACAUCGAGAUUGGCCGCGGCUCCUUCAAGACCGUCUACAAAGGCCUGGAUACGGAAACCACCGUGGAAGUAGCGUGGUGCGAACUGCAGGAUAGGAAGUUGACAAAGUCAGAACGGCAAAGAUUUAAAGAAGAAGCUGAAAUGUUGAAGGGCCUUCAACAUCCAAAUAUUGUUCGUUUCUAUGAUUCUUGGGAGUCUACAGUAAAAGGAAAGAAAUGUAUUGUUCUGGUGACUGAACUUAUGACAUCUGGAACCCUUAAAACGUACCUUAAAAGGUUUAAAGUGAUGAAGAUCAAAGUUUUAAGAAGCUGGUGCCGUCAGAUUUUGAAAGGGCUUCAGUUUCUUCAUACUCGAACACCACCUAUUAUUCAUCGGGAUCUUAAGUGUGACAAUAUCUUUAUCACUGGCCCAACAGGAUCAGUCAAGAUUGGAGACCUGGGUCUGGCAACUCUGAAGCGGGCUUCUUUUGCCAAGAGUGUAAUAGGUACCCCAGAGUUCAUGGCCCCUGAGAUGUACGAGGAAAAAUAUGAUGAGUCCGUUGAUGUGUAUGCUUUUGGAAUGUGCAUGCUUGAGAUGGCCACAUCCGAAUACCCUUAUUCUGAGUGCCAAAAUGCUGCGCAGAUCUACCGUCGAGUGACCAGUGGAGUGAAGCCAGCCAGCUUUGACAAAGUAGCAAUUCCUGAAGUAAAGGAAAUUAUUGAAGGAUGCAUACGCCAAAACAAAGAUGAAAGAUAUGCUAUCAAAGACCUUUUGAACCACGCCUUCUUCCAGGAGGAAACAGGAGUACGAGUAGAACUAGCUGAAGAAGAUGAUGGUGAAAAGAUAGCCAUUAAGCUAUGGUUACGAAUUGAAGAUAUUAAGAAAUUGAAGGGGAAAUACAAAGACAAUGAAGCAAUUGAAUUUUCCUUUGAUUUGGAGAGAGAUGUCCCAGAAGAUGUAGCUCAAGAAAUGGUAGAGUCAGGGUAUGUUUGUGAAGGAGAUCACAAGACCAUGGCCAAAGCCAUCAAAGACAGAGUAUCCCUGAUAAAGAGAAAACGAGAGCAGCGACAGUUGGUAAGGGAAGAACAGGAGAAAAGAAAGCAAGAAGAGAUCAGUUUAAAGGAGCAAGUUGAACAGCCAACAACUGUUUCUCAGGCUGGGACCAAAUUGAUUCCUUCUACUCCUGGCACAGUUACUGUCUCUACCACAUCAGCCUCAGUUUCCACCCAAGUGGAACCAGAAGAACCAGAGGCAGAUCAACACCAACAACUUCAGUAUCAACAACCUAGUCUCUCCGUGUUGUCUGAUGGAACAGUUGACAGUGGUCAGGGGUCUUCAGUCUUCACAGAAUCUCGAGUGAGCAGCCAGCAGACUGUCUCAUAUGGGUCUCAACAUGAUCAGGCACUUUCAACAGGCACGAUCCCAAGCUAUACAGCUUCUGUUGUUCAAGCACAAUCCCAGCCUCAUGGUGUAUAUCCUUCCUCCACCGUGACACCGGCACAGAGCCAGAGUCAUCUGGCUUCAAGUAACUUAACUGGGAUUCCAACUUCCCAGACAGCACAGCAUGCUCAGCAGGGUGUACAACAAGCAGCCCCUCCUCAGCAGACAGGCCAGUAUCUUCUUCCCCAGUCAGCAACAUCUGGUGUGCCUACAACUGCACAGCCCGUGACGCAGCCCCAGCUUCCACAGGUUCUGCCAGUGCCUCAAGUAUCAGUGGGGAAGCAGCUUCCUGUUUCUCAGCCAGUAUCGACCAUCCAAGGCGAAUCUCAGAUACCAGUUGCAGCACCUUCCCUUCCACAGCCCUCAGUUACCCCAUCUCUCUCGGGUGCUCACUUCCUUCCUGUGGGCCAGCCACUUCCACCAUCCUUAAUUCCUCAGUUCUCAGUCUCUCAGAUUCCCAUGUCAACUCCUCAUGUCUCUGUGGCUCAGACAGGUUUCUCAUCCCUGCCAAGUUCUAUAGCAUCUGGCAUUAACCAGCCUCUGCUCACCUUGGCCUCAUCUGCUGCAGCAGCUGCUAUCCCUGUGGGAUCAACUAUGGUCCCUAGUCAGCUUCCCACCCUUCUGCAGCCUGUGACUCAGCUGCCAAGUCAGGCUCACCCACAACUCCUUCAGCCAGCAGUUCAGUCCAUAGGAAUACCAGCUAACCUUGGACAAGCUGCUGAGGCUUCACUUCCCACUGGAGAUUCUCUAUACCAGGGAUUCCCACCUCGACUGCCACCUCAAUACCCAGGAGACUCAAAUAUUAUUCCCUCAUCCACCGUGGCUUCUGUUUGCGUCCCUUCUACAGUUCUGUCCCCUCCCUUGCCCACAGAAGCAUUGGCUCCACCAGGGUACCUUCCUACAGUUGUGCAGCCAUAUGUGGAGCCAAGUGUUUUAGUUCCUGUGGGUAGUCUAGGAGGACAGGUCCAAGUACCCCAUUCAGCAGUCACCUUAGCACAGCAGGCCCCCUCUGCACCCUCCCAGCCAGCAGCUCUGGAGACACAAGCAGUUUCCCAGUCCAGUCCUCCAGAACCUGUGCCAUCAGCACAGUCACAGACCACUACAUUGGUCUCCUCUAUAGAUAGUGCACAUUCAGAUGUUGCUUCAGGUAUGAGUGAUGGGAAUGAGAAUGUUCCUUCAUCCAGUGGGAGACAUGAAGGGAGAACUACAAAACGCCAUUACCGAAAGUCUGUACGGAGUCGUUCUCGUCAUGAGAAGACUGCUCGCCCCAAAUUGAGAAUUCUUAAUGUGUCAAACAAAGGAGACAGAGUGGUGGAAUGCCAGUUAGAGACUCACAACCGGAAAAUGGUUACAUUCAAAUUUGACUUGGAUGGUGACAAUCCUGAGGAGAUAGCAUCAAUUAUGGUGAACAAUGAUUUUAUUCUAGCAACAGAGAGAGACUCCUUUGUGGAUCAGGUGCGAGAAAUCAUUGAAAAAGCUGAUGAAAUGCUCAGUGAGGAUGUUAGUGUGGAACCAGAAGGUGAUCAAGGAUCAGAAAGCUUACAAACAAAGGAUGAUUAUGGCUUUUCAGGAUCCCAGAAAUUGGAGGGAGAGUUCAAGCAACCAAAUCCUGCAUCUUCUAUGCCUCAGAGGGCAGGUGUUCCCUCCAGUUCAUUAACUCAAGUUGUACAUUCGGCUGGACGGAGGUUCAUAGUGAGUCCUGUACCAGAGAGUCGGUUACGAGAGUCAGUAUUUUUCACUGCUACAUCCAGUGAAAUAUCAGAUACAACUGCUGUUCCUCCAUCCCAUGGCCCUGUAAUGAAUCUGUCUCAUUCUGCUUCAUCCGUUAGUUUGCAACAGGCAUUCUCUGAACUUAGACAUGCUCAAAUGUCAGAAGGACCCAGUACAGCUCCCCCAAACUUCAGCCAUGCAGGACCAACCUUUCCAACUGUACCUGCCACCAUGUCUAACAUGGCUGUAGUCUUCCCUCCCACGGCAACAGCUGUGCCUUCAGUAUCUGUCCCUGCUACAAGUAGCCCUUUUAAUAGUGUUUCUGUACCAGUCAUUCAAUCUGUGGUCACUAUGCCUACUGAAAAGGUAAUUGCCGGAGUUGCCUCCAGUGCAGGUGUAUUAACUUCAACUUCUUUUCCUGUACCACAGGUGUCUGGACCACCAUUAAUUACCAGUGUGGUUUCCAGCAUUACUAUUCCUGCAGCCGUGUCAUUGUCUACUACAAGUGAAUCAGUUCAGGCUCCACCAAUUGGGGGAGUUAUGUCUAGUGCUGGCGCUUUUCCUCCUGCAGUGGGAUCAGUAGCUCCAGUUCCUGGAAUAGGCAGUACUGUUCCCCCAGGUGCUAUUACCCCAGCUAUGACUUCUCAGCCCGCCCCAAUUGCAACAAAUAUAGUUGGGGCAGCCACCCUGACUUCCACAUCUGCCACCACUCCGUUCCCAAGCAUGGCUUCACAGCCACCUCUUCAACUCAGUAGCAGCAGCUCUGCUCCCAGUGUAGCAGAAACAGUGGUAGUCAGUGCACUCCAUCCCAAACAUGAUGGCACACAUUUACCAGACAAGCCGCCCCUUAGCAGUGCAGUGGGGCUCUCCCUGCCCCUCUCGGUAGCUCCAUCUUCCUCUGGAGCUGGGAUCUCUGAUUCAGCUAGCCAGCCCAGUGUGCUGCAUCCUUUACAGGUCCCAUCCGCUGUGGCUUCUCCUCCUGUACUUUCACAGGCAGCAGGGACCAUCUCCACCCCGGUGUUACCUCAGGUACCUUUACCUGGUGUCCCACCCCUAGCACAGCCUGUUACCAAUGUGCCUGCUGUACAGCAGACACUAAUCCAUAGUCAACCUCAACCAGCUUCACUUCCCAACCAGCCCCACACUCAUUGCCCUGAAAUAGAUACUGAUACACAACCCAAAGCCCCUGGCAUUGAUGAUAUAAAGACUCUAGAAGAAAAACUGCGGUCUCUCUUCAGUGAACACAGUUCUGUUGGAGCCCAGCAUGCCCCUGUUUCCCUAGAGACAUCUUUGGUAGUGGAGACCACAGUCAUGCCAGGCGUCCCAACCACCGCUGUGGCACCAAGCAAGCUCAUGACUUCCACAACGAGCACUUGCUUACCACCAAGCAGUUUGCCUCUAGGAACAACUACUGGUUUGUCGGCUGUUACACCAGUGGUCACACCCGGGCAGGCUGUCACACCAGUCAGCUAUGUUCCAGCCCCGACCAGCGUGGCAGUAGGGGUGAAACCUGGAACCCCUCCCUCAAAGCCACCUAUCGCCAGGGUACCGGUGCUACCAGUAGGUACUGAACUUCAAUCUGGUACCCCACCCAGUGAGCAGCUGCCACCUUUUCCAGGACCUUCUCUAACACAGUCUCAGCAACCUCUAGAAGAUCUUGAUGCUCAGUUAAGAAGAGCCCUUAGUCCAGAGACUGUCCCAGUCACAUCUUCAGUUGCUCCCACAUCAGUUGUGACUCCAACAUCAGUUGCUGGAGCAGUGCCAGUGGUAGUGCCAGCUCAGAAAGCAGCUCCAAGCAUAGAAGAUAAUACCAUGAUGACCAACUCAGAGGCCAGCGUUCUUAAAAUGGGCCGGUUUCAGGUAUCAGUUGCAGUAGAUGAUUCCUUGAAGGAAAAUAGAAGCAAGUCAGAAGAAGUCAAGUCUGUACACUUUGAGUCAAGUACUUCAGAGUCCUCAGUGUUGUCAAGUAGUAGCCCAGAGAAUACUCUGGUGAAGCAGGAGCCUGGUGGAAUCACCACAGCUCUAUGUGGCCCCUCUUUGGAUAUGGUUGAUGGUGUUCCUUCUCAAAAAACCUCUGCUACCCAGACAAAGCCUGAAGCUGAGCAGCCUGCCACAGUGGUUGGCCGAUUCUCUGUGUCAAAAACUGAAGACAAGGUCACCCCUGUGGUGGAGGGAGAGCCACCUGUAGUACGCCCUUUAUUGGAUUCUGAACAGGCCGUUCCUUCUGCUGUAGCACCAAAGAAAGAAAUGCCUGAAUCGUCAGAGCCAAGCCAUCUUAAUGGGCCAUCUUGUGACCUAGAAGCUGCCUUCCUCAGUAGGAAUAUGGAUGAUGGUUCAGGUAGCCCACAUUCUACUCACCAUUUGGGCUCAAAAGGCAGCCUUCCCAUUCAGAGCCUUAGCCAGAGCCUUAGCAAUUCAUUCAACUCCUCUUACAUGAGUAGUGACAAUGAGUCAGACAUUGAAGAUGAGGACUUGAAGUCAGAACUACGUCGGCUACGAGAAAAGCACCUUAAAGAGAUCCAGGACCUACAGAGUCGCCAGAAACAUGAAAUCGAGUCUUUAUAUACCAAAUUGGGCAAAGUUCCUCCUGCAGUCAUCAUUCCCCCAGCUGCUCCACUCUCAGGGAGAAGAAGACGACCCACUAAAAGCAAAGGCAGCAAAUCUAGCCGUAGUAGUUCUUUAGGAAAUAAGAGCCCCCAACUUUCAGGCAACCUGUCUGCUCAGAGUGCAGCUUCAGUCUUGCACCCCCAGCAGACGCUCCACCCUCCUGGCAGCAUCCCAGAGACUGGGCAGAAUCAGCUGUUACAGCCCCUUAAACCAUCUCCCUCCAGUGAGAACCUCUAUUCAGCUUUUACCAGUGAUGGUGCCAUUUCAGUACCAAGCCUUUCUGCUCCAGGCCAAGGCUGUGCGAAGUUUAACUGUGCAUCUGAGCGGGUGACGUUCAAACCUGGUGGCAGGAGGACCCGAUUUCUGAGUACGCCCUGCUUGGCUCUUUGGAAGAUGGUGAAAAAAGUCUGUCCUUGCAACCAGCUCUGUAGGACCAGCAGUACGAAUACAGUGGGAGGAGCAGUCAAUAGCCAAGCCCCACAAGCCCAGCCGCCCAGCAGAAAGGGCACAUUUACAGAUGAUCUACACAAGUUGGUAGACAAUUGGGCCCGAGAUGCCAUGAAUCUCUCAGGAAGGAGAGGAAGCAAGGGGCACAUGAACUAUGAGGGUCCUGGAAUGGCAAGGAAAUUUUCAGCACCUGGACAGCUCUGCAUCUCCAUGACCUCUAAUCUGGGUGGUUCUGCCCCCAUUUCUGCAGCAUCAGCUACCUCUUUAGGUCACUUCACCAAGGCUAUGUGCCCCCCACAGCAGUACAGCUUUCCAUCUGCCCCUUUCAGCACUCAGUGGAGUGGGACAAGUGGCCCAGCACCGCCACCCCUCAGCCAGUUCCAGCCUGUAGGGACUUCGUCCUUGCAGAGUUUCAACAUCAGCAAUUUGCAGAAAUCCAUCAGCAAUCCUCCAGGUUCAAACCUGAGGACAACUUAGCCAGACCUGUAGAUAGGACUGGGUAGACUGUGGGGGAGGGGAAUAGCCUAUAUACUAACUACUAUGCUGCAUAUAACUGGUUGUUUCUUGCCAGAAGAAUGUUUCUAACCACCAUACUUAACCCUCAGGAUGGAGAAUCUCCUUUCUUCCCCAUUUCUUGGAGGGACAGGGAAAAAGCAAGUUUUCUUAUGAAGGGUCAGCUGCUUAAUAAGCUUCCCUGCUUCUCUGUAUCCAACAGCCAAGGCAAUGAAAAAGAAAAGUCCCCAGAACAGCUACGGGAGAUCUCAUUAUCAAAGCAAGCCCACCUGUGCUCUGAGGGUCAAAGUCCUAGCAUGAGGCUUAAUAGCACACUCGAUGCCCUACAUCCCUGCCCUACAGUUUCCUGCCUUCCUCUCCCUCCACCCCAAGAGUCCAGACCACAGGAUAAAAAUUUGUUGGGAUCUUUCUUUCCCACCUUGCCCUUUCAAACUCGCCUUCCUUGGAGCCCAGGCACUGGGGAGCUCAAGCAGAAUGGAGUUGCAGCUCUUGCUUUAAAAUAGGUCAUACUGCUUUUAAGUAAACAAUUAUUAAUAGCUUUGACUGCAGCAUUAGCCAUUAAAAUUUUUUUUUUAAGUUCCCUGAGGACAUGUAACUUUGCCAUCAGUUUUGAUGUGGAAACACUGUGAUAUAUAAAUGUUGUUGGACAACAGUAGUUGAGUGGAAUAUAGAGGGUUAAAAAAAAGUUCAAAAAAAGCUAGCUAUAUCCGUAUACUUAUUGGAGACACUUUAACUUUUUCCUUUGUAUUUCCAUUGUAUUAGAUAAAUAAAUGUGAAUGUAAAAUUGUAAAAUUACUGUACUUGAAUACUUGUCUGUUCUCCCAGUAUUGCUUGCUGGACAUUUUAGUGCCUUGGACUUCAAUUGCUUCUGCAGUUAGCAUCAUCUUCCCAGCAGACCCCAGCUAAAGGACAGGUUGAAAGAACCCUUUAGGUCCAUGUGACUCAGGAUUCAGUAUACAGGGCAAGCCAGUUCAAAGGAUACUAUUAAAUUAUCCAGGAAACUUUGCCCAAAGCAGGUCUUGAAAGAGGGUGGGAGGGGUUAUGUUGAGAAAGUUGGUCGGAGGCAGGAGUUAUGGGGGGAAAAGUGAUUUUAACUAUAUUGAGCAGUUAGAUUGAGGUCUUAGGGAGCGGUAUGUAUGAAGGAAUAGAAAGAAAAAGAUCGAAGAAGCAGCUUGUUUAUAAGUAGCGACAUCUGCUAGGCAAGCUCAUUACCACCAAGAGCCUUACAGAGAAAGAUUAGAGAAGGCAUCAGGUGGAGAAAGUAUUGUCUAGAAAAGGAACUUGAGGGUUGGCAUGAUUUUUAAGCUGAGUAGUCCUGAAGGGGCAGAGUAACAUGAGGAAGGUUGCUAGAGAGAUAUCUGCUGGGAUUUUCCUUUCCUGUGCAUCAGGGGCCUCUCAACCUGGAACAAUAACCAUUGCUGCCAUUGAAGGCCCUGAAACCACUGGUAUCUAAGCCACUUCUACUUAUGAAAAGUCAAGACUGAUGAUUUUCCCAUUCCUUCUUUCUCUGAGAUGCCCAAGUGCUAUCAAAAACAACUUAUUGUGCCACCUUUUAUACAUUUCUACAUCUACUUGCAAUUUCCUCUCAUGUUUUCAUUCAGAAAUAAGAAUUCUCUGAAUAAUACUGCAACCAACCAGUAUUACUCAGUGCUGCAUCUAGAUAUGCUGGGGUUGAGUCAUAUGUCCUAAUCUUGGGCAACUCCAGAACAUUCAAGGCUCCAAGCUAAAAAAACAAAAAUAAAACAAAAGACUUGCCUAAUUAUUUGAUAUUUCUGCUGUAUAAAGAAAUAUGGAAAGUAUUUGGACUUCUAUUUCUGUGGGUGCUUCUCUGUUCCCAUAAUAAAGGGGAAAGAUUUUCCAACCCCUGAUCACAUUUUUACAGCAGAGUACACCUUGUAAAACAAAAAACUUGAUCACAUACAUGGUGGCUAGGGUGGCUAUCCUGCAUGUUCUAUGAAUGGUCUAUUUUCUGAGUUAAAUAGUAGGCUAUAAAGCUGCAAACAGCUGAGUGAUUUAGGGAAAUGGGGAGGGAUGAUGAACCUUGAGAAUCAUAAAAACAUUUUGCUUUUUUUCAAUUUUGAGAAAAAGGCCUUGCCUAAAAUGGAGAGAAUUGGUGGGGAGGUUGUAGAGUGAGGAUGAAAUAGAUAAGAUCCCAAUAACUGAGAAAUGAGCCAUCUAAUAGGACAGAAAUAGGAGAGAGGUAACAACAUUCUGCCAGAAGAACUGGGCAGCCAAAUGCAGCACAUAGUUAAAUAUUUUGGUUUAAAAGUUUGAGGGGCUUUUCACUUACAAAAAACAUUUGCCAGGUUAAACAUUUACCAAGAACUGGUUUUUAUUUACUAUUGAUUUCCCACCUGUGGAUGAAAUAACUGAAACCUAGAGGAAUAAACUAAUGCUACUGAACUGUUUAAAUUAUUUUGUGUUAAUAGUACACUUUGAGUAUCUUUUUCCACAUUUAAAAAAACUGUUUCUUAAUUACAAAUGUUUUCUUUACAUUAUUUAACAAUGUACACUGUAAAAAAAAUAAAAUGAAUUCAAACCUUGGGGGUUUCUGAGCAGCCGUUAAUUGUACAUUUUGCACUAACUGGCCGUCGCGCUUCUUGUAAGAUUGCGCUUUGCGCUGCAGUUUGUUACCUUUGUAGACUUAUUUAAUGAAACCAUUCAAAUAAACCAAACUUGCUUUUGUUGA